AUGCCCGUCGCAUUCCCCACCGCCGCGUCGCUGACCCUGUACAAGGACUUCCACAAGGAUGUGAAUGAUAUGCUGACGAAGAGCUACAGCGAGUCGGAGAAGUGGAAGGUGGAGAGCAAAUUCAAGGGCCCAAAGGACACGCUCUUCGUGAACCCCACGGCGACGUCUGACGGCAAGUUCAGCGUGGACGUGGAGUACGCCCCCAGCCAGUGCGGCGCCGCGGUGAAGGCGACGCUGCAGCCCUAUGUCCGCAGUGCGGGGCUGACGGUGUCGUACCGCUACCGCGGCCACAAGGUGGAGGCGGUGGUGAGGAAGUGCUGCGACUAC